AGAGCCACAGGGUGUGCCUUGAGUAGCUAUGGCAACUUCCAAGUUGAGGAUGCUGGGCCAUGCUGCUGGGGCUGCUUGAAAUGGACGAAGGAGGCUGCUCCGCGAGGCGAGUCUUCUUCGCCACUUCUUUGCGAGCAGCCGAGUCGCGGCCAAGGCACGCAGAUGCCGCGCUGGAGCAACUUUCGGCGCGGAGACGCUCUUCUUAGGGGAGGCCCGUCAUCAUCAUCACCACCACCACCACCACCGCGGCGGCGGCGGCGGCGGCGACGACUCUGCGCUGAAGCAGGCGGCAGCAGUGCGCUUGGAAGUAUGGCCCGGGCGCCCCGGCUUGCUAGCGACGGCCGCCGUCAGUAAGGGCUGGUGGUGGGACGACCUGCCGUCGGAGUUGCGAAGGCAGCAGCGAGCGCGAGGCGAAGGAGCUGUGGGCGCUGCAGCAGAUGGGGCAGCGGCAGCAGCAGGGGCGGCGGGGAGAGAGCGGCAGCGAGGGGCAGCAGAGCCCUGAGCCCCCACGGCUCGGGGGAUGGCUCCGGCAGCUCCGAAGCAGGAGGCGCCGGCCGUGGGGGGCUUCUACUGCUGCCGCCGCCGCCGCCGUCACUGGGCGUCUGCGGGAGAUGAGGAGCCGCCGGCUGUCCUCCGUCCUCGAGGGCUGCUGCUGCUGCUGAGCUCUUGCCGUCGUCGGACUGCGCGCCAACUCGGGCCAGGAGCUUCGCGGGAGCAGACGACGGUCCUCCUUCGCCCUUGGAGUUGAUGCUGCUCUGCUCCUUCGGCGGGCUCGCCUGCCCGCCCGCCCGCACUUCUCUCCCGCUGGACGCGAGCGCCCCGCCGUCUGGGCACCAACGAGAGCUGCAGACUUGGCCCUCGCCCCCCGCACCCCAACGCCGCCCCCUAAGCAGUGGGUGGCUGGGCGGGCUGACGACUUGGGGAGGCGAAGCGGGGCCCCGCCGCGAGACUCCUGGCUCUUUCUCCUUUCUUUUCCCCGCUGGACGACGAUGGAGAGGUCCUCGAGCAAGUCCUAAGAUGCCGGUGAUGAGGGGCCUCCUGGCUCCCCAAAACACCUUCCUGGAUACCAUAGCAACCCGCUUCGAUGGCACGCACAGUAAUUUUGUAUUGGGCAAUGCCCAAGUCCGGGGGGCCUUCCCCGUGGUUUAUUGUUCUGAUGGCUUCUGUGAACUGACUGGCUUUUCCCGGGCGGAGGUCAUGCAGCGUUGCUGUGCCUGCAGCUUCCUCUACGGGCCUGACACCAGCGAACUUGUCCGCACCCAGAUUCGCAAGGCCCUUGAUGAGCGCAAGGAGUUUAAGGCCGAGCUCAUCCUCUAUAGGAAAAGUGGUGUCCCCUUCUGGUGUCUCCUAGACGUGGUGCCUAUCAAGAAUGAAAAGGGAGAGGUGGCUCUUUUUCUGGUCUCCCACAAGGACAUCACAGAGACCAAGAGCAGAGCAUCUGCAGAAAGCUGGAAAGAAGGAGGAGGACGGCGUCGCUACAACCGAGCUGGGGCCAAAGGAUUUAAUGCCAAUCGUCGGCGAAGCCGGGCUGUGCUCUAUCACCUGUCAGGCCAUCUCCAGAAGCAGGGCAAAGGAAAGCGCAAACUCCACAAGGGUGUCUUUGGGGAGAAGCCAGCCCUGCCAGAAUACAAGGUGGCCGCAGCACGCAAGUCACCAUUCAUCCUGUUGCAUUAUGGAACAUUCAAGGCUGGCUGGGAUGGGCUCAUUCUCCUGGCCACGCUGUACGUGGCCGUUACGGUGCCCUACAGUGUCUGCUUCAGCGGCAUCAAGGAUGAAGGUCUUCCAGAGGCUGCCCGUGCACCCCCCAGCAUCUGUGAUCUUUCUGUUGAGAUCCUCUUUAUCCUAGACAUUGUGCUGAAUUUUCGAACCACCUUUGUCAGCAAGUCAGGGCAGGUGGUUUUUGACCCUCACGCCAUUUUCCUGCACUACUUGACCCGCUGGUUUGUACUGGAUCUUUUGGCCGCCCUGCCCUUCGACCUCCUCUAUGCCUUCAAGGUCAAUGUGUACUUUGGAGCACACCUACUCAAGACAGUGAGGCUCUUGCGGUUACUACGGCUGCUGCCCAACCUGGACCGGUACUCGCAAUACAGUGCCGUGGUGCUCACCCUGCUCAUGACGGUCUUUGCUCUCCUGGCUCACUGGGUGGCCUGCAUCUGGUACUUCAUUGGACAGCGCGAGGUCGAGAGCAGCCCUUCACAGCUGCCAGGGAUAGGUUGGCUGCAGGAGCUGGCCCGACGCCUAGAGACUCCCUACUACCUGGUGCAGAGGAAUAGCAGUGGCGAAGAGGACUCUUGCAAUCGGACGGGUCCCCCCUUGAAUGGCAGCGCAUGGGAGCUCUUCGGGGGGCCCUCGCUGCGAAGUGCCUACAUCACCUCCCUCUACUUUGCCCUCAGCAGCUUGACCAGUGUAGGCUUUGGCAACGUGUCUGCAAACACCGAUUCUGAGAAGAUUUUCUCUAUCUGUACCAUGCUGGUGGGGGCCUUGAUGCAUGCCGUUGUCUUUGGGAACGUGACUGCAAUCAUCCAGCGCAUGUAUGCCCGCCGUUUCCUCUACCAUAGCCGCACACGUGACCUGCGCGACUACAUCCGCAUUCACCGCAUCCCUCCGCCACUGAAGCAGCGCAUGCUUGAGUACUUCCAGGCCACCUGGAGUGCCAGCAACGGCAUUGACACCCGGGAGUUGUUGCAGAGCCUCCCUGAUGAGCUGCGUGCUGACAUUGCCCUGCACCUGCAUAAGGAGCUGCUGCAGCUGCCCCUCUUUGAGGGGGCAAGCCGGGGCUGCCGACGCUCCCUUUCCCUCAGUGUUCGGACUUCAUUCUGCACACCUGGCGAAUACCUGAUCCGGCAGGGGGACGCGCUCCAGGCCCUCUACCUUGUCUGCUCCGGCUCCAUGGAAGUGCUCAAAGAUGGCACUGUGCUCGCCAUCCUAGGAAAGGGGGACCUGAUUGGUUGCCACAUCUCAUCCAAGGAGCAGGUGGUUCAAGCCAAUGCAGACGUGCGGGGCCUGACCUAUUGUGACCUGCAGUGCCUGAGCCUCCCUGGCCUCCUUGCCAGCCUGGAGCUCUACCCAGAAUUUGCCAGCAAGUUUCGCCAUGAGCUCCCCUGUGAGCUCAGCUACAAUCUGGGCGGGGGAAGCAUCUUCCAGGCGGAGUCGCCCUCACUGCACAGCAGAGAGCCCACCACCUUGCUUUCCACAGCGAGGAAAGACACCGAAGCCUCAUUCCCUCCACGCUGCAGAACUCCAUGCCUACUCCCAGAAGCUGUGGAUGAGCCCUCCAGUCCCUUGCUUCCCUCUUCCUUGGGGGGCCACAGUAACCACCCACCACGAUCAGGCUUCCCACAGCGCCACCCACCCUCUGAAACUUCUUCACGUCCCACAGCAUUGCGACUACAUAGCGCCCCUUGCAGUGGCCCCCCAGAUCUUAGCCCACGGGUCGUGGAUGGCAUUGAGGAUGGAUCCAGCGCUGACAAGCCUAUGUUUAGUUUCCGUCUAGGAUCCUCAGGCCCAGACUAUGGCAGCCCUUCACCUGGCACAGACAGUGGCCUGCUCACCAUCCCCGCUGAGCUUUCAGGUGCUGACACUAUUGAGAAGCUACGCCAGGCGGUGGCCGAGCUCUCUGGGCAGGUUCAACAAAUGCGUGAAAGCCUCCACUCUCUUCGCCAGGCAGUCCAGCUCUUCCUUCUCUCCCAGAUGCCAUCACAGCCCCAUGUUGAACCUUCAGCCUAUGGACCCUGCCCACAUACAGAUGCUCCUGCUACUCCUCUGCUGAGCCCACUUAGGGUGGACACCGGACUCUCGCCAAACUUUUGCCCCCACACUGUACCCCCAGCCCCCUGUCCUAAUGGAGCCUGUGGCAGGGUCCAAUGGGUAUGGACUCCACCACCCGGACAGAGCUCCCCCUGGCCAGGGACACUGUGGACAUUGGGGCCAGGCAAGGAUUCAGAGGUGGUGGCCGUUCCACCAGGGAGCCAUGGCUCCAAGGACCAGGGGAGCCACACGCAACUGCCAAGCCAGAGCCAAAGAGAAAGCGCCCUUUCCCAAGCUUCCCCUGCCACAGAUCCAGCAUGUGCUAUAGGCCUCACGGAAACCAAACCUUCUUCCAGGACUCAAACUUGUGAUUCCUCAAGCCUCGAAAUGGUGCUGAUUGGCUCUGGGGAUGAUGGGUCAGCAGGCAGUGCCCCCUGCUGGCCACAGGAGGAAGGGACAGGCAUAUAAACCAGUUCUACCUGUCUGCUUCCUUGAUCAAGACUGACCCCUGGGAUUUUUCUGGUCUGGAAACGUCAAGGAGAGUCUCUUGUCUUGCAGGACUGGGCAUGGUCCCAUUUUGGAAACAUAAUGUAGUGUGUGAAGAGAAGCCAGAAAGCCCUGUGUUUCAAGAGGGACCUGCAGCACCAGUCAUUGGAGGGACAGAAGGAAAAGGGCUAGAACUUUAGGAGCUCUCUCCAAAACCUGGUCUGCAGAAGGAUGGGGCCAACUGUUUCCAUGGGCAAAAUCAAGCAAAUGGGAACUGCUGCUAAGAGUCCCUGCUGCUUAACACUGGACCCAUGCUGUCUGGAUUCGUGUGUAGCUUGGGGAGAACAUCCGCUUCAAACUCAAGAAAGAUGCCUGAAAUAUGCAAAUUAUAUAUCCAACCCUAUUUUAACUACCCUUCUUUCAGAUGGCUUGAAGGUUGGGCAUUGGCUUGGGGGUAGAAUGGGAAUCCCACUGUGCAUGCCGUUCCUUUGCUAGGGGAGCAGGGUGGAAAGGUAAUAUUCCCUGGCUCCCAAGGAUAGUGGGGCUGGGUAAAGGCGGAUACGCUUUUUAUAAAAUAAAAGGUACAUUUUGGACCCUGA